AUCUGUUCACCCACCGAAAACAGACGAAGAAGAAACGUUACCGGAGUGACUGAGGUGUUUGACAAGGGUCAGACCGUCAUAUCCGAUCAUGAGUGCCCCGUGUUUUGUGAGAACGGUGGCCAGAAGUUUCGCCGGUGGAUCAGGACUGUUCAGACCAGCUGUUUGCUGCUCAUGUAAAGACACAGUCACACGUUUCAGAAAAAUGUCAUCAAGGAGACAGACUGACCAUCUAGAGAGAACUGCUAGCGUUCAUAGACAAAUGGAGCUUUUCUCUGCACGUGUUAGUGACAUUAUGAAUGAAUCUGAUACAGUAAAGAAACUGAGACUGGAGGUAUCACAUCCUGACUUCAGCGUCCGUGCUGGGCAGUGGGUGGAUUUCUUCAUCCCAGGUGUGGAUACAGUGGGCGGCUUCUCUAUUUGCUCGAGUCCUGGUCUGCUGCAGAGAGAGGGAGUGAUUGAACUGGCCGUCAAAUACACAUGCCAUCCUCCAGCACACUGGAUUCACACCAAGUGCUCUGUGGACUCUCAGGUAGCUGUGAGGGUGGGAGGUAACUUCUACUUUGACCCUCAACCUUCUGACCCUGUAGUGGACUUGUUGCUGAUAGCUGGUGGUGUUGGCAUCAACCCUCUGUACUCCAUCCUGCUGCAUGCAGCUGAUCUGCUCAGACAGACUCAUGGUCACAGGUACACUCCAGGGCGCACACACCUGUGCUACAGCGCCAAGAACACCAAAGAGCUGCUCUUCAAGAACACCAUUAUUGACAUUUGUCACGAGCGACCAGAUAAAUUCUCAUGCGAUUUCCAUGUUACCCAGCAGAGCUCUGACAUAGAGCAGGAACUUCAGCCUUACACCAUAAAUGGAAGGAUAUCAGAAAAGGAACUUCAGCGCUAUGUAGAUCCUGAGCACACAUUGUGUUAUCUCUGUGGCCCUCCUCCUAUGAUAGAGAAAGUGAGUUCAGACCUGAAGAGAGUCGGCCUGUCGGAGGACAAAAUCCUUUUUGAGAAAUGGUGGUAGCUCAGAUAUUCACAGCGAUGGAUGCAUCUGCAUCAUCAUAGAAACAGACUGUAAUAGCAAUGGACCAGUAAUGCCUUUGAGAUCAGUUGAAACGCACAACAAACACUGUGUCUGCGUUCUCCACAUUU